AUGUAUCAGAAGGCGAAAGGGGUUUAUAAAUCUGGGGCUUUUGAGCACAAGGAGUGUCCCAAGAGCGAGAACUCCUCAGAGAUGCCGGAGACCAUUACCAGCCGAGACGCUGCUCGUUUUCCCAUUGUUGCCAGUUGCACCCUUCUGGGGCUCUACCUCUUCUUUAAAAUAUUCUCUCAAGAGUACAUCAAUCUUCUGCUUUCCAUGUAUUUCUUUGUGCUGGGGAUCCUGGCCCUGUCCCACACCAUCAGCCCCACGAUGAACAGAUUCUUCCCUGCAAAUUUCCCCAACAAACAGUACCAGCUCCUCUUCACCCAGGGCUCUGGGGAGAGCAAGGAGGAAAUAGUGAAUUACGAGUUUGACACCAAGGAUCUCGUAUGCCUGGCCCUGAGCAGUGUUGUGGGGGUCUGGUACCUGCUGAGAAAGCACUGGAUUGCCAACAAUCUCUUUGGGCUGGCGUUCUCCCUCAACGGGGUGGAGCUGCUGCACUUGAACAAUGUCAGCACUGGCUGCAUCUUGCUCGGGGGCCUCUUCAUCUACGAUGUCUUCUGGGUCUUUGGCACCAAUGUGAUGGUGACAGUUGCCAAAUCGUUUGAGGCCCCGAUAAAACUGGUUUUCCCUCAGGACCUGCUGGAGAAGGGGCUGGAGGCUGACAACUUUGCCAUGCUGGGUCUGGGAGACAUUGUCAUUCCGGGUAAGGACAGAAGAGGGGGUACCUUGAAGAAGAACACGCACACGUAUUUCUACACCAGCUUUGUGGCCUACAUCUUCGGGCUGGGCCUGACCAUAUUCAUCAUGCACAUCUUCAAGCAUGCCCAGCCUGCUCUUCUGUACCUGGUCCCCGCAUGCAUCGGAUUCCCACUUCUUGUGGCCUUGGCAAAGGGAGAAGUAACUGAAAUGUUCAG